UAUCUUCACAUGGCACCCAGAGUUUCCUGCCAAAGCUGUGCAUAGAAGCUUCUUUCCAAAACGUGGCAGUGGGUAGAUAUAAACAUAGUGCCCUUGAGAAUUUACACUUUAUGAUAGACUGGAAAAAUGAUGGGGAAAGUGAAGAGCAUCAAAGAUAUCAUGAAGGACAUAACCAAACUGAGACUACGGUCCGUAAUAUGAAUCUGACUGCCCAAAAUGGUGAAGGAUAUAAAACACUUUGGAAAACAUCCCUUCUUAAGUCUGCUACUUCUGCAAAGCAGUGUCUUUCUAUAAGCAAGGGCUCAAAUCAAAUGGUCAAACAUACACAUUUGGAGAAUGAAAAUUUGGAAAAUCUGGAAAGUUGCUUAGUUCAUGCUGAAAAUAAUUAUUUGAACCAUUUUGAAAGUAGGAUUGGAUUGACUGAGUCAAAUAUUUCUGAAAAUCAGAGAUUUAAAAAUGAAGAACAAAGUGCUCAUUGGGAUCCAUUGGAGAGGUCCUUCACAGAGGAGUCAACACUACAAGAUGACCAGAACAUUGCUCAGUGUGGUGAAUCUGAGAACAAAUUUAACGAGGGUUCAAAUGUUAAUAAACAUGUGAGGACUCAUUUUCCAGAGAAUCAUUAUGAAUGUGAUAAAUGUGUGGAAGUCUCUUACCAAAGCUCCAACCUGAUUAUUCAUAAGAAUAUCCCUAUGGGAGAGAAUCCUUGUAAAUACAAUGAAUGUGGGAAAUCUGUUAACCAGUCCUCCAGUGUGGGUGAUUAUCAGAUAAUUCACAUGGAAAAAAAUUUACACAGAUGUAAUAAAACAGGAAACAUGUUGAGCCAAUCAUCAGGACUAAACAUACAUAACACAGUCACUACUGGACAGAAAACUUACAUUUGUGAGGAAUGUGGUAAAGCCUUUGACCGGCACACAACACUAUCUCAACAUCAGCCAAUGCGUACUGGAGAGACACCUUACAAAUGUGAAGAAUGUAGCAAGGUCUUUAUCCACAAUUCACACCUUAAUCAACAUGACAGAAUUCAUCCUGGAGAGAAACCUUACCAAUGUGAAGAAUGUGGAAAGGCCUUUAACCAGCACUCAAUGCUUACUCGACAUCAAAGAAUUCAUACUGGAGAGAAACCUUACCAAUGUGAAGAAUGUGGAAAGGCCUUUAACCAGCACUCAAACCUUAUUCAGCAUCACAGAAUUCAUACUGGAGAGAAACCUUACCAAUGUAAAGAAUGUGGCCAGGCCUUUAACCAUCACUCAAGCCUUACUCAACAUCACAGAAUUCAUAGCGGUGAAAAACCUUACAUAUGUAAAGAAUGUGGUCAGUCCUUUAACCAGCACUCUAACCUUACUCGACAUCACAGAAUUCAUAGUGGAGAGAAACCUUACAUAUGUAAAGAAUGUGGCCAGGCCUUUAACCAGCACUCAAAGCUUACUGAACAUCUCAGAAUUCAUACUGGAGAGAAACCUUACAUAUGUAAAGAAUGUGGUCAGGCCUUUAACCGUCACUCACACCUGACUCGACAUCACAGAAUUCACAGUGGAGAGAAACCUUACCAAUGUCAAGAAUGUGGUAAGGCCUUUAACCAGCAAUCAAAGCUUACUGAACAUCACAGAAUUCAUACUGGAGAGAAACCUUAUAUAUGUAAAGAAUGUGGCCAGGCCUUUAACCGGCACUCACACCUGACUCGGCAUCACAGAAUUCAUAGUGGAGAGAAACCUUACAUAUGUAAAGAAUGUGGUGACACCUUUAUCCAGCACUCACACCUGACUAGACAUCACAGAAUUCAUACUUGAAGGAAUCCUAACCAAAAUAAAGAACGUGUUAAGGCCUUUAAGCAAUGCUAAAGUCUGACUUGAUCAGAGAAUGUAUACUGGAAAAGGUUUUGCAAACAUAAUGAAUUUGGCAAGCCCUUUAAUCAGAAGUCAAGCUUUAUUGAACAUCAGAGAAUUCAUAUUGGAGAAAAAAACUUAGAAAUGUAAAGAAUGUGGUAAAACUUUUUUAGGAUUGCUCAACCCUUACUCAGCAUCAGAGUUCAUACUGGGGGGAAACAUUACAAAGGUAAAGGAAUGUGUCAGGCCUCUGGCUGGAACUCUCAACUCACUAAACAUCAUAGUUCUCAUACAGCAUAGAAGCUGUAAAAUAUAGAGAAAUUUGCAGUGCCUUUAAUUGGAAUUCAAUCCUUAAUAUCCGAAAAUUGACACUAGACUCAGACCCUACAAACUUAAUGAAUGAGGAAAGACCUUCAUUUUAAAUAUACACUUUAGCAAACUCCCGUGAGUGCAUAAAAGAAAGUAAUUUGAAAGAUCUAAAUAUUUAGAAAUAUAUGUAACCGAACAUUAGAUAUCAGUAAAUGUCACAGAAGUCAAGUAGAAAGCACUGCAGCAGUCAGUCUGUUCUGACAUUACAUCAGAAUAUUCAUGAUAAGGAGUAAUAACCAAGUUAAACUGUUACAAAAAUGUCUGCCCUGUUAUGCUUCAAAAGAUUAAGUGGAUAGAUUUUUGCAUAGUUCUAAUUAACUUCAAUAUUUUUUUUACAUGGGCGCUAUCUGAUAUUUAUGUCUAGCAAAUAUUAGUGUAUACUUACCCUCAAGUUGCUUCAGAGAAUACGUUUAUUUUUAGUAUGUGUGAAAUUAUGUGACUGAUUAUUGCUUCAUCAAAGAUGAGAUUUCUCCUUCAUUAGGUGGGACUCACACAUAUCUAAUUAUCCAUGGAAGAUGGACAGUAUAAUAUACAAUAUAUGAAGAAAAUCUAAAUGGACAUAUUGUUUGUGGUUAUAACUUUAAUGACAGUUGUCAUGGAAAAGAUGUUCGGAACAUCAUCUUCAUUAUUAAAACUGAAGGAUUUUCUGAAUGUUAUAAAUAAAAUAUUUUAGCAACUGGUAUUAGAGGCAGAAGUGGUGGCAAUCCAAUAAAAUACUGACGUAUCCUCACGAUAGCAAUAGUUAGAGAAUAUUGGUGGAUGUGGUUGAAAGGAAGAAAUCCUCACAGACAUCAUAAAGAGGACAUGUAACUUUUCCCUGAUACGGCAUACAUCCACAUUAGUUGCAAAUGAUCUCACAUCUGAAAAUUACUAAGAUCACUACUUCCACAGCAUUAUAUCAGCACUUGAAUGCUUUUUAAUGCUUAAAUUCUGUAUUUUGAGUAAGGAUUAUAGAGGGGAUUGAAAUGCAUAACUUAGUCUGUUGUGAACUUAAUAUUUUUUAAUUAAUGAAACAUAAUGGUUUUUAUCAUGUUAACAUGGAUAUGUAACGAGUGAAGUGUUAUCUGACUACCAAUGUUAACCAAUGUCAUUUUAUAUAAGGUUGUAGAUAACUGAUUGUAUCUAUCACCUUUUUGGCAACAGAGUGGAACUAUAUCUAGUAAUCCAUUUUCUCAGUGGCCUUAAUGUGUAGCUAAUGCGUGAUUGUUUUCCCCUUAGUUUAUCGUAUCAUUUUCUCCUCCUUGGGACCAGUGGGGUAAUAGAACGGAUAUAUUAUAGAUGGUAUAUGGGUCUCACUGAUCGACUAACUGAAGUACUCCAUGACAGUGCUACUUAGCAUACAUUUCGUGUAGGCAGGAGUUUUGCAGGGGACUUUAAAUGACACAAGGCGAUCUUACUAGUGCAUUCCCUACAUAACAAGCUGCAGAGUCAGAAGUUAAUGUCCUUCUCAUAUGACAUUCCCAGUCCACCUUUCUGAGCAACCACUGUCUCCCACGACCUUCCCCUUAUGUGUCCUUCAGAGAAGACUCCCACUGAGCUUACUUAAACCUACUUCAGUUUGAAAGGCUCUCUGGACUUCCCCAGGGACUCUAAAGCACUCUACCUUGGCCCCUAAUAAAGGUAUGUGCCCCACUUCAUAUGUGUGGAUGUUGUUUUCAUGUUUCUAUAAAGUAAACGGACAUGUACAAUGGUGGUUGGUAUGUAGGAGUGAUACUGUAGCCCUAGUUAAGAGAGAGAAAGUACAGAGGAUGAAGAACUGGCAUGAAUUCUGCAUGUGGAGAGAGGAUGCCGUUCCUGGGUUGCCCAACUGACUCCCUGGAAUUA